GUGAAUUCUUCGACAAAAGAUGGCAGAUGUUAGCCCACCCCCUGUCCACUUCAUAGCUCCUGAAGAUGACAUCCCGGACUCAGAGCGCAAAGCCCUGGUUGACAUUCAACCCAAAGGCUUCUUCAUACGUCCACCGCCACGGCCCCAUGAACUGUACGAGGACGUGACGGCCGACGUUGAUCUCUUCCAAACAAUCCACAUGGGGGCAGCGGUGGUGGACACGAGUCGCUGGCACCUCGUGAUAAACGGGCUCGUGGAGCGUCCUUUCUCCCUCAACCUCGAGCAACUCCGACAGAUGCCAGCCGAGUCAGUCACUUCUUUCCACGAGUGCUACGGCAGUCCACUGGUCCCUCCGACCAAGAAUGUCUGGAGAAUCGGCAACGUGAAAUGGACCGGUGUUCCGCUGCGGUAUCUCCUGUCCAUUGCUCGGCCACAUCCCGGGCGAGGGCUGUUCGUUUGGUCCGACGGGCUGGACUCGGGGACGUUUGGCGGGGUCUCGGCGGAUCGGUAUCAGAAGGAUCUGCCGAUGGAAAAGGCCCUGGCCCCGGAGGUUCUGGUGGCGUAUGCGAUGAACGGCCAGCCGCUGAGCAAGAAGCGCGGAGGGCCGGUAAGACUCGUCGUGCCGGGAUGGUUUGGGACGAAUUCCACCAAGUGGCUGUCUCGGCUGUCUGUGCGGGAGACAAGAGCAGGGGGUGCGUUCACUACCGUCUUUUAUAACGAGCUUGAUCCGGUAGAUGUGGAGGGAGUGCGGAAAAGGCCUGUAUGGAAGGUGCAGCCCAACUCGAUUAUUGUGCGGCCGAAACCGCAGGAAGUAUUUGAUUGUCCUGGUUAUGUCGAGGGCUGGGGACGUGCUUGGGGAGCAGACGAGAUUGUGAGAGUGGAAAUCAGGCUGGACCAAGAAGACACUUGGUGUGAGGCGAGUGUAACACGUCGGAAGCAGUUUGAGUGGCAAUUGUUCAGCUUUCGUGUGUUUGUCCCCCAAGCCGGAGAUUGUUACAUUCAGGCACGAGCAACGGAUAGACGAGGGCUGCGACAAGCGCUGGUGGGAAGUCGAAACCAUGUGCCAACGGUGCCAAUUCGGGUGGAAUCGGGUCGUUCAACUGAGAAUACUGGCGACGACAAGACCUAAGAGUGCUCUAAUGGAGUGGAUCUAGCCAUAUUCACGGUUGGGCAGUGUAUGCGAGCGCCCAGCGCUAUAACGAACAUAAUUUGACGACAUAAACGAUGAUUAUUCUCAAUCAAGUUACACACAGC